UUUUGUGAGGGGGAGAGGAGACUUUGGAUGAGCCGCACACACACACGCACGCACGCACGCACGCGCACACGCAGCCUCCAGCCUCCUCCGACGACCUGCAGGAGCUCCUCUCUCCUCUCCUCCUUUUUCGGCGGAUUCUUUCAACGGAAACUUGCAGGAACUUUUGCAAUCUCGUCUCGUGGAUGCAUUUCAGGAUUGUCGCCAAGCCACUGGCAACAGCCCCCCCCCCUCCCUUUCCCUCCCUUUCCCUCCCUCCCGGCUCGUCGUGAAUCAUGUCACGCCGAAAACAGAAGAGACCCCAACAUCUCGUCAACAACGACCCAGGGGGGCCAAGGGUGCUCGCUCACGAUGACCUCCUGCGCUUGAAGUCGCCAUCCGCCUCUCUCGGGUCCGAAGUCACCUCUUCGGGGUCCUCUUCCUCUUCCUCUCCAAGCUCGCUCCAAGACCGCCAGCCGCCUUUGGCCCCACGCCCGUCCCCCGGCGGGCUACACGCGCCCUCCUUGCCCAACGAGAGCUCGCCCCCUCCCCACUGGCCCGACCACAUUGCGACCUUCGCUACCUCCCUACCGAACACUCACUCGUCCCUCUCGCCGGACUUUCCUCACCCGUCGCUGUCUUCCCAGACUCGCUCGCCUCCCCCUCCGGGUCAGACCUCCGGCCGCCAAGUCCCGUCGUCGCAUUCCGCCGUGGCCUCCCCGACGAUGGGCGUUUCUGCCACCGCCACUACUUCCUCCUCUUCGUCCUCCCGGCGUGUGCCCACUCCACGCGGCGGCGGCAGCGACGACAGUCCGGCUCAGCACCGGGCUUCCGGCUUGCCCGGCCCCCAGGUUCUCCGGGUGCCCCCCACCCUCGCAGUACUGCUGGAGGAGCUUCGUGUCUUACAGCAGAGGCAAAUCCACCAGAUGCAGAUCACCGAGGAAAUUUGCAGGCACGUUUUGAAGCUCGGAGGCGCCGUCCUGGGGCAGGAUGCCAACCCGCGAGUCAGCGGGGGCGAGAGCCACCAAAAAGCAGAGCCUUUGUCGCCGGCGCAACCCUCAACUGCCACGCCGGUCACCGCAGCCGCGGCCUCAUUGCUAAUGGGCCUUCCGUCACCCCUCUUUGCCCAGCCGCCGCUCUCCAAGCAAGGUCCUCCGCACGUCAACGGCAGCAGAACACCGUCGUCCGCGUCGUCUGCCGUGUCGAGCUCAUCCGUGGCUUCCCUUCAUCCGCUCUCUUUGUCUUUGGGGCUGCCGCCGCGCUCCUCGUCCAACGCCGCUUUAUUUGCUCACGGCAGCGGAAUGAGCUUCGCCGUCGGCAGCCAUUCCCAGGAGCUCCAAUCUGCAUCCUCCUCUCUGGGCUCCGCCUUGGCGUCGGGACGACCGCAGCACAUGUGCCGCUUUUGCGGCAAGGUCCUGAGCAGUGACUCGUCGCUGCAGAUCCACCUGAGGUCGCACACGGGCGAGAGACCGUACCAGUGUCCGGUGUGUCUGAGCCGCUUCACUACGCGAGGAAACCUCAAAGCUCAUUUCCUGCGCCACCGGGAGCAGAACCCAGAGCUUUCCCUCUCACUGCUGCCCCCCGCGCUCUCGGAUCAGACACCGAGCGUCUCGGCCUCUGGCGCCGCGCAGAGGAGGAGGAAGCGCCGAGCCGAUGACGACGAGUCAUUUCCCGGAGUCAAAGGAAGCGUUCCCGCCGGCGUGACGGAGAACAUGGCUCUGGGAUUCCUGUCCGGCGCAUCCCCGCGACCCUCUUCCUCUCUACCGCUGCCGCCCUCGGUGGACAUGGCGCUGCUGUCCACAGCCCAUUCCCUGCUCCAGUUGAAUCGGGCCUCAGCGGUCGCUGGCGCGCCGGGCUCCGUGCUGCCUUCUUCCACAUCGUCAUCCUUGUCCUCUUCCUCGCUAGCAAGUCAGUUGAAAGGAGUGAAGCAGCAGCGCUUUGAUGAAAACACUCCUCCUCACACAGCCCUCCACACACCUGCCUCCUACUCCCAAGUGGCUCACCUCCCCAAGAUCCUCUUCCCGGGGGGUGCCUCCCCACACCACCUGGCCCUCCUGCGGCCUACGGGCCACCCGUCUGCCUCCCACCUCUCUUCGGCACAUCGGCUCCCCUUCCCUUUCCCGCCGUUCCCCAAAGCAAGCACCUCUUCUCCUCCCUCCUCCUCCCCGAGCACCUUGGCUCAGACCUCAGACACCUCCAAACUGCAGCGUCUGGUACAGAAGCUUGAAAAGCAGCCGCAAGAAGGGGCCUCGUCUUCCUGCGCCCCCUCGCCCACCCUGCUGGAGUCCAACACUAACGGUCACGAUCUGACCACUGCCUCCGGUGCCUAUCGCAGGGAAAUGUUAGCCACUCUCGGCCUCAGUCCCAACGCCAGCCAAGGGCCCCGAGGCGCCACCUCCGCCGCCACCGCAACUGCCGCUUCACCUCUGACUGCCGCUCAGGCAGCCAAUCAGUGCGGUGUGUGCCUGCGGGUCCUCAGCUGCGCUCGAGCCCUGCGCUUGCACCAGGCCACCCACCUGGGAGAGCGCCCCUUCCCUUGUAAGCUCUGCGGCCGCUUCUUCUCCACAAAGGGCAGCCUCAGGGCCCACCUGGCCACUCAUCGAGCCAGACCAGCGAACUCCCGGGCACUUAACUCCUGCCCGCUGUGCCCACGCAAGUUCACCAAUGCCUUAGUGCUCCAGCACCACAUCCGCCUUCACCUCGGAGGCCAAAUACCGCCCGAUGAAGACGCCAUGCAAACAGAAGAUGGCGCAGAAACAGAGAACACGGCAUUUGUUGAUGAUGUGGGGAGCGAUUCGGGUAGCUCACCGUCGCGGGCGCAACAGCUCCUCCCGCUGGGCCUUACAAGUGCAACCUGCAAAAAUGCCACUGGCAAAACAGUCACAGCUUGUGAUGUCAAGACGGAGCCAUCUGAGGAUUCCGCACCCAGUGUCAGCCCACCCCUGACCCAUAAUCCCCACUUGGCAGGAGCUGAGGACCCCCUGGAUCUGAGCGAUAACCACCUCCACGAAGGUAUCCCCCUGAACGAUUCCCAACCUGACCUGGGAACCCCUGGCAAAGCCCCCUCAGACAACUCUGGUUCUGCCGCAGUGAAUGGCAGUGACGGCGCUCUCUCCUUGUGCAUUUCAAAGCUCGACGCGCCCAACGAAACUGCCGACGGUGACGGCUACAAAUGCACCCUGGCUCGAAAUCCUUUGCGUGCGCUCAGCCCUCCAGCCAGCCCAGCAACGUGCAGCUCAGCAGCUGACGUUAGCGCCCCAGAAGCGUUCCGAAGUGAAGGCGAGAGAGACAACAACACGUUCACAGUCCCACAACCUCUGACAGCGGCAGAACCACAGGAGAGUUCAGAGAGCCCUGAGCCGCCUGUCGCGGCGUCAGGAACACGCUCCCAAUAUCUCCGCUCGGACAAACCCUACAACUGCUCCCAGUGCGGAAAGACGUACGCCAGCCGCAGCGGCCUAAAGGGUCACAUGAAAACUCACCCCGUAGCUUUGGCCGCCUCCUCGAAGGCUCAAAGCGACAAGAGCGACGCUGCCGAGGAUCCGAGCUCCAUGGAAGAGAAGAACGAAGGCCGCGCAGAUCCAGGAGCAAAGCAUUGCGAUGAGGCUGCCUGCUGAACUUAUGGACAUUACAACAUAAGACAGUGUAGUGUGUACAUACUCUUGACAGUCCAAUGUCCUUUUUCUAGUCCUUUCGUCUCAUAUAGGUGAUAGAGUGUACCCCGCAACUCGCCCGAAGGUAGCUGGGAUAGGCUCCAGCUCGCCCGUGACCCUAGUGAGGAUAAGGGGUACGGGAGAUGAAUGAAUGGACAACCCCAAUUCCGACCAAGUUGGGACCUUGUGUUAAACAGAAAUCAAAACAGAAUACAAUGAUUUGCAAAUCCUGUUUGACCUAUAUUUCAUUGAAUACGCUACAAAGACAAGAUAUUUCAUGUUCAAACUGAUCAACUUGAUUGUUUUUAGCAAAUAAUCAUGAACUUAGAAUUUGAUGGCUGCAACACGUUCCCCAAAAAGCUGGGACAGGCUCAUGUUUCCCACUGUGUUACAUCACCUUUUCUUUGAACAACAUUCAAUCAACGUUUGGGAACUGAGGACGCUCAUCGUUGAAGCUUUGUACGUGGAAUUCUUUCCCAUUCUCGCUCGAUGUACAGCUUCAGCCGUUCAACAGUCCGGCCGGGGUCUCCGUUGUCGUAGUAGUGACGCUUCAUAAUGCGCCACGCAUUUUCAAUGGGAGACAGGUCUGGACUGCAGGCAAGGCCCAGUCUAGUAGCCGCGCUCUUUUAGUACGAAGCCACGAAUGUGGUUUGGCAUUGUCUCGCUGAAAUAAGCAGGGGUGUCCUUGAAAAAGACGUCGCUUGGAUGGCAGCAUAUGUAUCUCCGAAACCUGUAUGUACCUUUCAGCAUGAAUGGUGCCGUCACAGAUAUGCAAGUUACGCACGCCAUUGGCACUAACACAGCCCCAUACCACCACAGAUGCUGGCUUUUGAACUUGGCGUCCAUAACAGUCCGGAUGGUUCUUUUCCUCUUUGGCCCGGAGGACACGACGUCCACAAUUUCCAAAAACAAUUUGAAAUGCGGACUCGUGGGACCACAGAACACUUUUCCACUUUGCGUCGAUCAUCCAUCUUAGAUGAGCUCGGGUCCCAGAGAAGCCGGCGGCGUUUCUGGGUGUCGUCGAUAAAUGGCUUUUGCUUUGCAUGGUAGACUUUCAAGUUGCACUUCCGGAUGUAGCGCCGAACUGUAUUGACUGACUUUGGUUUUCUGAAGUGCUCCUGAGCCCAUGCGGUGAUAUCCUUUGCACACUGAUGUCGGUUUUUGAUGCAGUGCCGCCCGAGGGAUCGAAGGUCACGGGCAUUCAAUGUUGGUUUUCGGUCUUGCCGCUCGCGUGCAGUGAUUUCUCCAGAUUCUCUGAACCUUUGGAUGAUAGAAAUCCCUCAAUUCCUUGCAAUUGUACGUUGAGGAACAUUGUCCUUAAACUGUUGGGACUCUUUUCUCACGCACUUGUUCACAAAGAGGCGAACCUCGCCCCAUCUUUGCUUGUCCUUUUCUAGCCAAUCACGGCAGCCGCCUGUUCCCAAUGAGCCUGUGGGAUGUUCCAAACGGCUGUUUGAUGAGCAUUCCUCAACUUUUUUGUCACCUGGCCCAGCUUUUUUGGAACGUGUUCCAAGUUCAUGAUUAUUUGCUAAAAACAACGACGUUUGUCAGUUUGAUCAUGAAAUAUCUCGUCUUUGUAGUGUAUUCAAUGAGAUAUAGGUCGACCGUGAUUUGCAAAUGAUUGCAUUCUGUUUUGAUUCAUGUUUAACACAACGUCCCAACUUCAUUGGAAUUGGGGAUGUCGUUUCAUUUCUAUUGACUGAAACUUUUAGAAUGUUGCAUGUCAAAGAGCUCAGCAGGGCCUUCUUGUCUCCACAUCGGCACGGUCAAUGUUAGAUUCAAGUGUCUGACUUUCUUGUAAAUGCGAGCGACCUCGUAUGCCUUACUUUCUUUGUUCUGCAACGGCGACGCUGCUGCCGAACGUAUGCGCUGCUCCAGCAUCUCCGGCUCUGAAUGUGUCGCUAAGCGUGGCUAACGCUACUCACGAUGAUUGUUGACCAGGUAACCCCAGGCAGGCACCACCCCAUCUUAAAGCGUACCUGCUUUUUGACAGUCCAACCAAAUGUUUGAAAAUCGUAAGCCCUUUUUAUAUAAAUCUGUUCCCAAGGUAAUAAAACAAUGGCAAUGUAAACAUC